AUGGCUUGUGUCAAAUCCGUUAGCUAUGCUGUGAAGCUUAAUGGAGUACCUGGUGAUACCAUUAUCCCUUCAAGAGGAAUAUAUCAGGGUGACCCUUUGUCCUCUUACUUGUUCCUAAUAUGUGCUGAGGGUCUUUCUUUUUUACUGAAACAAGCUAAAAAUAGGGGUAUCUUGAGGGGGGUAGCAGCUUCGAGGGGAGAUUCAAAGGUUGGGACUUCUCCAUCUCACAUUUGGAGGAGCAUCUGGUCUGCUAUGGAUGUAGUCAAAGCUGGAUCUGUUUGGAGGGUGGGGAAUGAUAUGGAUGCUCGAGUUGCUGGUUUAAUUAACUCUGGGACUCGUGAGUGGAAAGCAGAUCUCAUAGACGCUGUUUUCAAUUUAGAGGAAAGCAAAUUAAUCUUAAGCUUGCCAAUUAGUAUUCGGGGUUCCAGUGAUAAGCUUAUAUGGGUGGUAGCCUUAAAUGGGAUUUUUUCAGUUAAGAGUGCUUAUUUUGUUGCUUAUGAGUUACAGAGUAUGCAUAAGGGGCAGUCUUCUAAUGCUUCGGGGUUGGAGGCUCAAUGGAAAAAGAUUUGGGGUUUGCAGGUCCCAGGGAAAGUAAAACAAGUGUUAUGGAAAGCUCUUAAUGAUAUUCUACCUACAAAGGCUGCGCUGGUUAAAAAACAGGUUUUGCAAGAUGGCUUGUGUCCUAUCUGCACUAGAGAGGAGGAAUCAGUCUUGCAUGUAUUAUGGACAUGUCCUGCAGCAACUGAUGUAUUGGGAGACUCAUCUAGUCCUGUGAAGAAAUGGCACUCAAAUUUUGUAGAUUUUUCUUAUUUAUGGGGCAACUUGUCUAUGAAACUAGAGGGACAACACUUGGAACAAGUUGUAGUAGUCUGUCAUAAGUUGUGGGCUAGACGAAACAGAUGGGUGUUUGAACAAAUCUUCCAAGAUCCAGCUUCUCUUUUUAUGGCUGCGUUGAAUGAGCUUGAAAUUUUCCAGGCAGCAGGAAAUAUACAGCAGCAGCAAAAUUCUGCUGCAGCAGUUCAACAGCAUCAACUUUCUGCAGCAGGUAGUAUACAGCAGGAGCAAAAUUCUGCAGCAGCAGUUCGGCAGCAGCAAUUUUCUGCAGCAGGUAGUAUACAGCAGCAGCCAAAUUCUGCAAUAGCAGUUCAACAGCAACGGUUCGAUAGUAAUUGCAUGGGGAUUGGAAUUGUUUUGAGAGAUGGAAGGGGUGAUAUAGAGGUGGUGCUGGCUGCACCAAAGGCUCACGUUCCUUCAGCUUUUCAUGCAGAAUGUUAUGCCUUGUUAAGAGCUAUGCAACUGUGUAGAGAGUUGGGCUUUUCACACAUGGUGUUCGAAGGUGAUGCAAAACAGGUCAUUGAUUGUGUUACUAGCAAGUGCUCGAAUUGUUCUUGGAAGGGGCAGCUUGUAGAAGACAUCUAA